AUGACCACGGCGGCCCUUCAAGCUUCGACGGCAUCUAUCAGUCUACCUCCCAUCAGUAGCAUUGACUUCCACACCCACGUUGCGCAUCGGUCGUCUCCAGAAGUGGUACAACCGUUACCACCUCCUCCACCGGCAGCGCCACGCGUACUACCACCGCUUCCAUAUCCCUAUGCAGCACGACCUGCACCUCCGCCUCCACCUCCACCUCCUAUGUCCCACGAAUACCUACAAGCGAGGCCGAUUUAUCCAGGAAUACCGACCAACUACCAGCCGAUGCCUGUACGGAUGCCUUUGCCUUCUUCGACGGAUCCCAACCUCAUCGUUGCCCCUGCUCGACACAAGGCCAAGGAGGUGAAGAGACGGACGAAGACAGGGUGCCUGACAUGUCGUAAGCGACGCAUCAAGGUGAGU